ACGCGCUGACUUUGUUUUUUACAAAUUUUUUGUCGGUUUCGUAAUUCAAAGUAUAGAUGAUUAGAAUCUAUAACUCAGUGUCAAUUCGUAAUCAGCUCCUGUCGCGAUCACACAUCGGCGCAUCAACAUUACAAAAAUUCGCUUCAAUAAUGGAAGAUAGCAAGAUAUCCGAAGCGUCGAAAGAGACGAUCGCCGUCGACGCCUCUCCCUGCGGAAACGACGGAAAAGGUUCGUGCAUGUUUCGGCACAAAAGAAGAUACCUCGUGGCGGUUUUGGCCUUUUUCGGCUUCUUCAUAUCCUACAUCCUUCGCGUGAACUUGAGCAUAGCCAUCGUCAAGAUGACUUCCAACCGCACGAUGACCGACGAGCACGGCGAGCUCCGCCGCUACGGCCAAGAAUUCGACUGGGACACGAAACUACAAGGUCUCAUUCUGAGCUCCUUCUUCUACGGCUACAUGAGCACCCAACUACUAGGCGGAUGGAUGGCAUCGCGAAUAGGCGGCAAAAGGGUGUUCGGCUUCGGAAUCGCCGUCACGGCCUUCUUCACGAUCCUCACCCCGCCGAUAACCAGACACAGCGUCUACCUCUUCAUCGCGGUGCGGGUGAUCGAGGGAAUCUGCGAGGGGGUGACGUACCCCUGCAUCCACGCGAUAUGGGCCAACUGGGCGCCACCGCUGGAACGUUCGAAACUGGCGACCCUGGCAUUUUCCGGGAGCUUCGUGGGUACGGUGUUCGCGAUGCCCGUUUGCGGGAUGAUGGCCGAACGACUGGGAUGGCCGAGUAUAUUUUACGUGUUCGGGGCAUUGGGACUUGUUUGGUACGUCUGUUGGUGCGUCGUGGUCAAGGAUCGGCCCGAGGACGACCCCUACAUCAGCGACUUCGAGCUCAAGUACAUCAAGAGGAUGCUUGGGCCAGCUGAGCAUCGGAGGAUUUCGCAUCCGUGGAAGGCCAUUAUCAGCUCUCCAGCGGUUUGGGCCAUCAUCGCAGCCCACUUCAGCGAGAAUUGGGGUUUCUACACGAUGCUCACGCAACUGCCCACCUUUAUGAACGACGUCCUGAAUUUCAAACUCGAAAAAACGGGCUUCCUCUCAGGACUCCCUUACCUAGUGAUGGCAAUAGUCCUGCAAAUUUCGGGCCACCUGGCCGACUACCUGCGCUCGAGGAGAAUUUUAACGACGACCCAGGUGCGCAAGCUCUUGAACUGCGGAGCGUUUUUGAGCCAAACGAUUUUCAUGAUCUGCACGGCUUACAUCCUAACGCCGACCGGAGCCGUCGCGUGCAUCACCGUCGCCGUGGGUCUCGGCGGAUUUGCAUGGUCUGGAUUCAGCGUCAACUACCUGGAUAUAGCGCCGAAGCAGGCGAGCGUGAUAAUGGGAAUCGGCAACACGUUCGCGACUCUGCCGGGGAUCAUUAGCCCACUUAUUACGGGAUACAUCGUUCAGGAUAAGACGAGCGACGAGUGGCGAGUGGUGUUUCUGUUAGCUGCGCUGGUCUACUUUGUCGGGGCUGUUAUUUAUGGAGCCUUCGCUUCCGGGGAAAAGCAAACCUGGGCUCUCGAGAACGAACAUCGGGAUCAGGAUCGGGAACUGGAGAACUGCUACGAUAAUCGGGCGAUGGAUGUGGAUGGUUUAUAAUUUGUUUGUUUUUUUCGUUUUUUUUCACAAGGCAAAGAGCGAAGCGUUGCAAUGAUAAAUGUAUAGAAAAUAUCGUAGGAUCUCAUUUGUAAAAAGUUAAAUUAAUAAAUUAUUUUGGUACUGCA